AUGAGCCAACCAGUACUUCGUCAUUUGCGAAGGGUUCAAGCUUUUUUGGGCCGCCCAUCAGAUGAUACUGACGAGGCUCCUCCAAGUCCGACAGAUGCAGGUACACCGGAGAAGGUUCGAAGGGUACUUAAGGUGUUGCUCAAGAACCCGUGGAAUGACUACAGCUAUAUUCGACAUGCUGGCGGGACCACAUUAGCCCUGCGCAAAGCAUCGUCCUUCCAACUUGCCGAUAUUCGAGAGGUUUCUCCUUUUGAAGUUUUAGGAGACCCGCCUGUUAUUACCCAAAUCAAACAUCCCAACAUCGCAAAAAUCGAAGAGAUCUAUAGUUAUGAUGAUAGGACUUUUCUCGUCAUGGAACAUCUUGACGUCUCUUUCGCUCAGUUGCAAUUCCAGAAAUAUGAUCUCAAAGAGCGAGAGAUAGCGACAAUACUUACCGAAGUUCUAAAGGGCGUUGCUUAUAUCUCUUCGCUGAAGCUUUCUUGCAAAGACCUCUCGCAAGAAAAUAUCUGGUUGUCUCUCGACGGAGAUAUCAAGCUUGUUCUAGACCCUCGAGAGCUCAAGUAUGAUGGACUAUAUGAGAGCCCUAAAAUCUCACAGGUUCUAUUGGAUUUUCCAAUUUUAGCCGAUAUCAUAGAGGAAAUGAUGCUUUCCCGCUACCACCUCACCCCAGAUGAUGAGAAAUGGUCUAGGGACGCGCUUGAUUUCCUCUCGUGUACUCUAGAAGGGUCAUUUGAGAGUUUGAUGAAUCAUUGCUUCCUCAAGCAAGCUGUAUCCCCAAGAAGGCUGAUUCCACGCAUCCGUUUUGCUUAUGAAGCCGAUCGUGGGUCUUGGGAUUACAGUAGCGAGAAAGAGCAAGCUUUUGACUUCAAUUUUGUUGCGGCAGCUUGA